GGUUGUUGCCACAUCCGGCCACUGGUCUUACACCCAACGCAAGGGACUCACCUUCCGUUCCCAGACCAUUCCACUCCCCGUUGUGCUACGACAAGAAUAUUCUUGAAUUAAAGAGUAGUUUUUGAAGAAAAGAGAAGCUAUCAGUACGUUAUGCUUUUGACGCGCGUGUUGGCUGCCGGCCUGGCGACGGGGUUGGCGGUUGCGGCUCCUGCCACCAAACGUGGCGUCGCCUACGCAUGGGGUUCAGAAAAAGUAAAAGGUGUAAAUAUUGGAGGGUGGCUCGUUCUUGAGCCGUGGAUAACGCCGUCUUUGUUGGACAAUCUUGGCCGCAGCGAUGUUGUUGAUGAGUUUACGCUAGGAGAAAAGCUGGGGCAAGAUGCGGCGCUCAAGAUCCUCAGACAGCACUGGGAUUCUUGGUGCACGUUUGAGGACUUCCAGAAGAUCAAAGACUCGGGUUUCAACUUAGUGAGGAUACCGGUUGGGUACUGGGCGUAUGACACGCUGGACUCGCCGUACGUAAAGGGCGCUGCACCUUACAUCGACGCUGCCAUCGACUGGGCCCGCGGCCUCGGCCUCAAAAUCCUCAUCGACCUCCACGGCGCCCCCGGCUCCCAGAACGGCUUCGACAACUCCGGGCAACGCAUCUCUCCCCCAACCUGGACCUCCGGCGACACCGUCCAACAGACCCUCAACAUCUUCUCCACCAUCACAAAGAAGUACGCGCAGUCUAAAUACCAGGACGUCGUCGUCGGCAUCGAGCUACUCAACGAGCCACUCAUCCCCUCCCUAGACGAGGCCACUGUCCGCCAAUUCUAUCGCGAUGGCUUCGGCCGCCUGCGCCAAACAUCCGACACCCCGAUCAUCCUGCACGAUGGAUUUCUGCCGACGGCAAACUGGAACGGCUUCCUCACCCCCUCUGACAACAACGCGCAGAACGUCGUCAUGGACCACCACGAGUACCAAGUCUUCACGGAUGCGCUCGUCGCGCUCUCCCCCGACGCCCACGUCUCGGCAGUGUGCUCCUCAUCAUCCUCCUACGCCGGCUCCGACAAGUGGUCCUUCGUGGGCGAGUGGACGGGCGCAAUGACCGACUGCGCGAAGUACCUCAACGGGCUGGGCGUCGGCGCGCGCUAUGACGGGACGUAUCCCGGCUCCACGAAGGUUGGGGACUGCAGCUGGCAGAACGACAUUAGCAAGUGGAGCCAGGAGUACAAGGACCAGACAAGGAAGUACAUCGAGGCGCAGAUGAGCGCGUUCGAGACGAGGGCUGGCGGGUGGGUGUGGUGGAAUUUUAAGACGGAGGGGGCGGCGGAGUGGGAUGCGUUUGCGCUAGUUGAUGCGGGAGUUAUGCCGCAGCCCUUGGAUCAGAGGAAGUUUGAGGUUAUGUGCUGAGGGGUUGGGGGAUAAUUUUUGUUUGGGAAAGAUGGUGGCUAGACAAUAAAAAUAUGGAAGGCUUUGGGAGGGCGUUUUGGUAUACCCGAAGACAUAGCUGA